UUUCAUUGCACACGGUGCUUUUAACUUGGCCGGAGUGAAACAUUGUUGUCAUGCAGCGCUUUGGAGAAUUUAUUUUCGUUUAGGGUCAACGAGAAUGAGACUAAAAGACGAUUUGCUUUUCUUGGGUUUUUUCAUGCUAUUUGUUCUUUUAAAAGCACGGAUCCAAACAAUCACAUUCCAAAAAUGACCGUUAUCGAAUCCGCUUGUGUAUCAAGAGAUCCAGUUCAGUAUGUAAGAGUAAAGCCCCGAAUCCAUGACCAAAAAGUCAGUAUUCAUCACUGGCAACUUCGAGAUCUGGUGUUGACUCGACAAGAACCUUAUGCGACGGGACUCAUUGUGCCUACCGGUCAAGACGUCUUUGAGUAUAACUACAAAACCGGUCAUCGAGAGUUUCUCAUGAGUGAAAUCGGGUAUCCGCCCACAUGCAUGACAACAGGAUUUGGAUACGUUGCGGCCGGUGGACAGCGAGGUGAUUUGACACUACGGAAUCUGGAGAAUGAAAAUCAAAUGACCAUUACCACAUCUCCCAACUGUACUAUCAAUAAUGGUCUUUGUCUGUCGCAAGUCCAUGGUAAUACACGCCUAUUGGUAGCCAACAAUGACGCUACCAUUCGUGUGUUCACCGUUCCUUAUCUGGAGCAUAUUGACACACUCAAUUUCCGCACCGCCGUCAAUCACACUGCUGUCAGUCCGGAUGGAGGCAAAAUGGUGGCUGUCGGUGAUGACAAUAAUGUUCAUUUGUUUGCCAUCACGUUAUCGGGUCGAUAUGAUCUUGUGGCCACCAUGGCAGCUUCUCGUGAUGCGAAUUUCUCGGUUUCGUGGAACCAUACCUCGGACAAGUUUGCGGUGGCGAGUCAGGACGGUACCGUUCACGUUUGGGAUAUCCGUAAUCGACAACCGUUAUGCAAAUUUGGAGGCAAUCAGAAUACGUCGAUCACCAAGGGGGCGGCUCGGUGUGUGAAAUUCACCCAGUCCGGUGCGGUGGACUUGCUCGCUUUCACUGAACAUGUGUCCCACGUCAACAUUAUUGACGCACGGACGUUUGACGCCAUGCAAACGAUCCGUGUCGGUCCCGCAGCUUACGAUACACCGAUUACCGGUCUUUCGUUCUCACCCGACAGUCAAAGCAUGUUUGUUGGAUUGGAAGGGGCUAUUUUGGAAUAUAAAGUAGAUACUGGUAUGCGCCGACGCUUCCCGCGUGGUGCGCUAUUAUAAUAUUAUUUUAUUUUUUAUUGGUUUUUUGAAUGACACAUGUAAAUAUUACCAACACUGUACAGUUUAUAUGAAACCUCUUUUUAGUCACUUUUUUUGUCUGUCGACGA